ACACCUGUUCAAAUAAAGGAGUUUGGUGCAGUGAAUAAAAUUGACUUCUCCCCAGUUCCUCCAUAUAACUACGCUGUCACAGCCUCCUCCAGGAUCCACAUUUAUGGUCGUUACUCUCAGGAACCAAUCAAAACAUUUUCCCGCUUCAAAGAUGCUGCUUACUGUGCCACGUACAGAGAGGAUGGCAACCUGCUUGUCGCUGGCAGCGAGGAAGGUAGCAUCCGCCUCUUCGACCUUGGCGGAAGAGCACCGCUGAGGCAGUUUGACGGCCACACUAAGGCUGUUCAUGUAGUGGGCUUCCUGUCUGAUAAAUACCGACUAUUUUCUGGUGGUGACGAUUAUUCCUCAAAUCUGUGGGAUAUACCAAGUGCUACAGAAAUCGUCUCAUACAGUGAACAUAAUGACUAUGUGAGAUGCGGCUGUGCAAGUAAAGUGAAUGCAGAUGUCUUUAUAACAGGUUCCUAUGAUCAUACUGUGAAACUAUUUGAUGCACGAACAAAAAGCAGUGUCAUGACAAUAGAACAUGGCCAGCCUGUGGAGAGUGUGCUUCUCUUCCCUUCUGGUGGGCUUCUAGUAUCUGCAGGAGGCCGAUAUGUCAAGGUUUGGGAUAUACUAAAAGGCGGACAGUUACUAGUUUCACUUAAAAAUCACCAUAAAACUGUAACUUGUUUGUGCCUGAACAGCUCUGGACAAAGGUUGUUGUCAGGAUCUCUGGACAGGCACGUGAAGAUUUACAGUACUACUUCCUACAAAGUAGUCCACAGCUUUAACUAUGCAACAUCCAUCCUCAGUCUUGCAUUGUCGCCUGAAGAUGCAACCAUAGUCGUAGGCAUGACCAAUGGGGUGCUAAAUGUUAAACACAGAAAACCUGAAGAAAGGAAAGAAAAGUCUCAAAAGAGACAACCAGCAUAUAGAACCUAUGUGAAAGGAAGAACUUACAUGCCAAAACAGGAAGAUUUCUGUGUCAGUAAACCUGUAAAACGUGUUUUGAGAAAAUAUGACAAGCUGCUGAAAAGCUUUCAGUCUUCCAAGGCCCUUGAUGCAGUACUGGAGCCACCCAUCAGGCUUUAUACUCCUGAAGUGACGGUUGCGGUCAUGCAGGAACUACAUCGCAGAGGAACACUGAGGAGUGCGCUUGCAGGCCGAGAUGAGAAGCAGAUUAAUCUCCUUCUUACCUUUGUUGCAAGGCGUGUGAUUGAGCCUAGAUUUACUUCUGUACUGGUGACUGUUGCAGAUAUGAUCACUGAUAUUUAUCAGCCUGUGGUUGGGCAGUCGGCAAUUGUUGACAGACAAUUCCUGAAACUUCAGGAAGCCAUAGGAAAAGAGAUUGACUACCAAGAGGAACUGCUAGAAGUUUUGGGAAUGAUGGAUACACUGUUUGCUACUUUUACCAAGAAAAGAGAUACUUAUCUAGAAGAGAACAAAAGUAACGGCCUUACAGAGACCAUUGAAACAAAUACGAAUAACUGACUGACAACCAU